AUGUUGUUCUUCAGCAAGUUCAGCCUCGCUUCGCUGCUCAUGGUCGCCUCGCUGGCACCAACGGUCCUCGCUGCUUGUAACACGGCGAGUGAUUGCACCAGCCCUUUCCCUAAAUGCAUGAUCUGCCCUGGUACUGCGAACAAGUGUGUGAGCGGUGCAGAAUGCGGCGCCAAUACGCCCGCCACUUGUGCUUGUAAAUGA